AUGGCCAGAGACGCGGCCUCGCCGGCCUCGCAGUCGGUCCCGGAGCUCAAUGCCCGCAUUUCCACCUCCAGCGGCCACCACCGCCCUGCCGUCAAAGAAACCACGUUCCGGGAAUGGAUGCUGGCCAACCAGAUCGGAAUUUCGCUGACCAUUCUUUCCAUGCUACUGGCUGUCCACCACCUUUACCCUUCGCUGAAUCCGUACACCGCCCCGUUUUUCCAACUUUCAUACUAUCAGCCCGCCUCCGGAGAUUAUGUGCAAGGAUGGGAUGACAUCUACUUUAUCGCCAGCUCCGCAAUUGCCUUCAUAGCCAUUCGCGCGAUUGUCAUCGACUGGAUGCUCCAGCCAUUGGCGCAACGAUACGGAUUGAAAAGAAAAACAUCUCUUCGCCUGGCCGAACAAGGCUGGCCCUGUUUGUAUUAUGGGUUCUCCUGGGGACUUGGCAUGUACAUUUGGUCCAACUCGUCCUACUGGGGCGACUUCAGCGCCAUUUGGGAUCAAUGGCCCGCACGUAAUGUUUCGGGUUUGAUGAAAUGGUACCUCCUGGUGCAAUUAGCGUUUUGGGUGCAGCAGCUCCUGGUCAUCAACAUCGAGGCGCGCAGAAAGGACCACUAUCAGAUGCUGACCCACCAUGUCAUCACCAUCUCCCUCUUUGGAUCGGCUUACAUCUAUGGCUUCUACAACGUUUCCAACGUGGUCCUGGCGCUCAUGGAUAUUGUAGACCUGUUGCUACCGGCGGCCAAAAUUCUCAAAUAUCUGAAGUUCGAGCUGAGCUGCAAUAUCGCCUUCGGUGUAUUCAUGGCUACAUGGCUGGUAACGCGCCAUAUCUACUACCCACUACUAUGCUGGUCCAUUUACAAGGACGUGCCAGCAAGGAUGGCAUACGGCUGCUACUCCGGCGCCACUGCGGAAAUGACUUCCGCCGACGCAUAUCCCGACCGGUGGAGAUACCUCCUUUCUCCCUUCCAAAACCUCAACGGCCCAAUCUGCAUGAACCGCACCGUCAAAUGGAUCUUUCUUUCCUGUCUUUUGGCGCUUCAGACCCUGUCUCUCAUCUGGUUCACUAUGGUCAUUCGGGUAGCGGUCGGAGUGAUCCGCACUGGUAAUGCCGAAGAGCCUCGCAGCGAUGACGAAGACGAAGAAGAGGAGAACGGGGCGGGCAAGGAUGGUCCCAAUGGUACCUCUGUUGUGACCGACGGCUCCGGUGCCGAGUGGCGCCGAGCCAAUGCGCCUUCGAAUGUGCGGCCCCGUGGACGCGGACGAGUCCGUCUUGGCGACCAGAGUGACCAUAAGGCAUUGCUGGGUCGGAUCGGAUGCGACAAGCCCACCUAG